CAAGUCAUGAUGGUUGAAUCUGCCUCGGAGACGAUACGGUCCACUCCCUCCAGCCAAAACGGGGUCAGCAGCCUCAGCAACCAGCCCGAUGGCAGCGGGGGCGGCGCAGGCGGCGGCGGAGGGCGCGAAGGAGCUGCGAGCGGGGAGGCCAACGGCGAGAUGAGCCCCGUGGAGCUCCUGCACUUCCAGCAGCAGCAGGCUCUCCAGGUGGCACGCCAGUUCCUGCUGCAGCAGGCCACGGGGCUGAGCUCCCCCAGCAGCAAUGAGGGCAAGCAGCCGGCGGUGCAGGUCCCCGUGUCCGUGGCCAUGAUGUCCCCGCAGAUGAUCACGCCGCAGCAAAUGCAGCAGAUCCUCUCGCCGCCCCAGCUCCAGGCCCUCCUGCAGCAGCAGCAGGCGAUAAUGCUGCAACAGUUGCAGGAAUACUACAAGAAGCAACAGGAGCAGCUUCACCUGCAGCUAUUGACACAGCAGCAAGCCGGAAAGCAGCAACCCAAAGAGCCGUUAGGGAACAAGCAGCUGGCCUUCCAGCAGCAGCUCCUGCAGAUGCAGCAGCUCCAGCAGCAGCACCUGUUAAACCUGCAGCGCCAGGGGCUGGUGAGCCUCCCGCCGGGGCAGGGCACCGUGCCCCUGCAGACCCUGCCCCAAGCUGUGUGCCCCUCGGACCUCCAGCAGCUCUGGAAGGAGGUCACGGCCGCCCAGCCCGUCGAGGACAGCAUUAAGCAAGAAGGUCUCGACCUCACCACCAACACCUCCAACUCUACCUCGUUUUCGGCCGCCAAGGUCUCGCCUCCCAUUUCCCAUCACCCUCUGCCCAAUGGACAGAGCACCAUGCACACGCCGAGAAGGGACAGCUCUUCCCACGAAGAGACCCCUAGCUCCCACCCGCUCUACGGCCACGGAGAGUGCAAGUGGCCUGGCUGCGAAACCCUCUGUGAGGACUUGGGACAGUUUGUCAAACACCUCAAUACAGAACAUGCACUUGAUGACCGAAGCACGGCCCAGUGUCGAGUCCAGAUGCAAGUGGUACAGCAGCUGGAAAUACAGCUGGCAAAGGAGAGCGAGCGUCUCCAAGCAAUGAUGGCCCAUCUUCACAUGAGACCUUCAGAGCCAAAGCCUUUCAGCCAGCCUCUGAACCUGGUCUCCAGUGCCACCCUCUCCAAGAGCACUUCCGACACGUUCCCCGAUGGCUUACCUCAUCCCCCCACCUCCGCCACGGCGCCCAUCACCCCCCUGCGGCAGGGCCCCUCCGUCAUCAGCUCUUCCACUUUACACAACGUGGGACCCAUCCGCAGGAGAAACUCAGAGAAGUUCUGCACCCCAAUAUCUUCAGAACUUGCACAGAAUCAUGAGUUUUACAAAAAUGCAGAUGUCCGGCCGCCCUUCACGUACGCCUCGCUCAUCCGGCAGGCCAUCCUGGAGACCCCCGACAGGCAGCUAACAUUGAACGAAAUCUAUAACUGGUUCACGCGGAUGUUUGCCUACUUCCGGAGGAACACGGCCACCUGGAAGAAUGCCGUCCGCCACAACCUGAGCCUGCACAAGUGCUUCGUGCGCGUGGAGAACGUCAAGGGAGCCGUCUGGACCGUCGACGAGCACGAGUACCAAAAGCGAAGGCCACCAAAGAUGACAGGGAGUCCGACUUUAGUCAAAAACAUGAUUUCAGGACUUGGUUACGGAGCACUUAAUGCAAGUUACCAGGCUGCGCUGGCGGAGAGCAGCUUCCCGCUGCUGAACAGCCCCACCAUGAUCAACACCAGCUCCGCCAGCGGCAUGCUGCACGUGGGCCACGACGACGUGAGCAGCACCGUGGAGCAGGUCAACAGCAACGGCAGCAACAGCCCGCGCCUGUCCCCGCAGCAGUACAGCCAUCCAGUGCACGUGAAGGAGGAACCUGCCGAGGCGGAGGACGACAGCAGACCCGUCUCGCUGAUGGCCACCACCAACCAGAAUGUGACAAUUCCCGACGACAGGGACCUGGAGGAGGAGCUGCCGGUGGAAGACUUGUCCUAA